AAUUCCUCUUCACAUCACUCAUCCUAUAUAUAUAUAUAUAUAUAUGGAAACAAAUAAAAUUCAUCACUUGCGUCGGCAAGUUGCCAACCUUAGGCAAUCCCUUUUCGAUCAGGGAUAUGUUGAUGAGCAAUUUAUUGAGUUGGAAGAGCUACAAGAUGAUGCUACUCCUAACUUCGUUGAGGAAGUUGUUUCUUUGUUUUAUGAAGAUUCUGCUCGUUUAAUACAUGCCAUUGACCAGUCAUUGGAAAACCAUCCUAUUGAUUUUGCAAAGCUUGACAACUAUAUGUACCAAUUCAAAGGCAGUAGUUCAAGCAUUGGAGCCAAGAAGGUUAAAACUGAAUGUACACAGUUCAUGGAAUACUGCAGAGCACGAAAUGUGGAAGGAUGCAAGAGAACUUUUCAGCAAUUAAAGGGAGAAUAUACAACACUCCAAAGAAAACUAGAAAUUUAUUUUCAGUAUGCAAGACAAGUUGGACCAACUGAGACAAGUCACCCAAAGUAACUCUGUUAACUAGAAAUACAAUGUAAAGUAAAAAAUAAAUGGUCCAGUAAAAUAGAACUUCUGCUAUACAUAGAACAGGGGCUCGUCAAAAGAUGCUAAUUACAACAUGCGCAAUUCCCUUUUUCCUUCUUAAACAUAAUAACUAAGGGAAGGAUUUGUAUUAGCAUUAGAGUUUUAGUGGCACUCUAAGAAAUAUAUGAAGGCUUUCUUCACAUCUUUAAUUUAUUCCCCUCUCAUUGAGUUUCAUUUUUAGCUUUGUAUGUUGCUAUUUCAACUGAUAAAUAAUGAAAAGGAGAGAGAAAUAUAGCAAGUUCUUUAGAUCAGAUUAAUCCUUGUAUUUGUUUGAGUUUGUAAUGUAAAUAUUUCUAUUUAUCUUUUUAUCAUAUUUUAAAUAUUUUUCUCAUCCAAUUAAUAUGAGUGUAAUACAAUCAACUGUGCAGUGCAUGCCACGUCAUUUUUUAAAUG